AUGCCAUCGCAGGGCGGGCUCGGGCCCCCUGGUUCUGCGAGGGCGGCGCCCACGCUCUACCUGACCGGCCUCUUUCCCCCAGGCCUGGGCACGCGCCGCCAGGCCGCGGCGGAGGCCCAGGCCGCGGAGGGGGCGGCGCGUUUCGCGCCCGCCGUGGCGACGAUGAGCGACCUGCGGGCGAGGUACAGGGUGCCCCGCCGCUGCCUCGACGCCCAGCCCGCCGGCGCGCCGUGCCCCGCCAAAACCGCGAGCCGGAAGAGGUCCCCGCACGCGUGGAAGCAGGGGCACGGCCUGCGGCUCCCCCCCCUGCAGCCGGUGAAGACCACCAGCGGCAGGCAGCGCGGCCUGGUCCAGCGCCCCCAGGAGGAGCAGCCGCCGAAGGCGGAGGCACCGGGGGCGCCCGCCAGCACCCCGCUCGAGCCGGGCGGGCGGCCGCAGGGCACGCCCAUCGACGGCCCCAGCGAGGCCCUGAAGCGCGCGCAGGACACGCUCCGCGAAGCCCUGGAGCGUGCGCAGGAAGAGCGAGGCGAGGCGCGGCCGCCCUCGCAGCGUGGCGAGGCCGCGGCAGCGGACGCCCCGAGCGGCGGCCUCGGCGCUGCAGGCGCCACCGAGAGGGACCCUUCGGCAGAGGGCGACGCCUCGCAGCUGGAACAGCCUGGGCUGCACCGGCUGGCUCGGCUGCAGCCGGUGCACCCCGGGCUCGUGGACGGCGCGCUCGAGGCCACGGCCGACCAGUACGAGGAUGGUUUCGAGGACGCCGAGGACGCAGAGCCGCCCGCAGGCGCGUUACUGGCCAUGGGCGCAGAGCUAUCCACCUCUGCGAAGCUGAAGCCAGACCAGCACGAGGAUCCGUCCUCGGACGCGGAGGACGCGUUCGAGGACGACGAGAGCGCAUGCAAAAACGACGAGGGGAAGUCGGAGCCGCGGUCUGCUGGCGCGUCGACGGCCGAGGCUGCCACCGCAGCGCCCAACCGCUGCCUCGUGGAGCGCCCCCGGGGCACCGAGACGCCCGCGGGCGCGUUGCCGGCCUGGGGCGCGGAGCAGUCUGCCACGAAGGCCGACCAGCACGAGGAUCCGUCGGAGGACGAGGAUGCGUUCGAGGAUGACGCGAACCCGUCCGUGGGCGACGAAAGUACGUCGGAGCGGAGGUCUACGGGCGGACUGCCGCCCGAGGCCGCCGACCGCCUCACGGGGCGUUCCGAGGGCACAGAGCCGCGCACGGGCGCGGAGCUGGCCUCCUUCGCGAAGCCCGACCGGCAGGACGAUCCGUCCGAGGAGGUCGAGGAGAGCGCGCUCGAGAGCGCCCUGGGCGGCCGCUACAGCCACAGCGCGUACUCUUCCGCUGGUCGGCCCUCGGAGCGGACGGGCGCGUUGCAGGCCGCCGUGGACGGGGAGCAGGCACCCACCCACGCGAGCCCCGACCAGCACGAAGACCCCUCCGAGGACGGGGGGCGCGCGCCCGAGGCGGCCUCGCCGCGGGCGGCCUCGCCGCGGGCCGUGGGCACGGAGAGGUCCGACGCCUCCGCGGCGUCGGAGCAGUGGUCCACUGGCGUGCUGUCGCCCAAAGCCGCCGCCGGAGGACCCGACAAGCGUUUCGUGCAGGUGGGGGUGCUGCCGCCCGUGGCGUCGGAGGUGUCCGAUGCGUCCCUGGCGUCGGAGCAGUGGUCCACGGGCGUGCUGUCGCCGAAGGCCGUCGCCGCAGAGCCCGAGCUCAGCUUCGCGCGGGUGGGCGCGCUGCCGGAAAGCCCGUCCAAGGACGAGGGCGUGUGCGAGGACGGCGAGGGCACGUCCGAGGGCGACGAGGGGAAGUCGGAGCCGCGGCCUGCUGCCGAGGCCACCGGAACGUCCGCGGGCGCGCUGCUGGCCUUGGGCGCGGAGCAGUCUGAAACGAAGGCCGAGCAGUACGAGGGCGCGUUCGAGGACGACGAGGGGCUCGGGCCGCCCGCAAGGACCUUGCCGACCUUAGGCGCGGGGCAGUUUACCUCCGCGAAGUCAGAUCAGUACGAGGAUGCGUUCGAGGACAGCACUGAGGGUCGCGGCGGCCGCCCAGAAACCGGGCUCCCUGCCGCCUCUGAGAAGCUGGCCCGUCCACGGGCGGAGUCGCCAAGCGACCCAUACGACGAGUUCGAAGCUCGCGCCAGUUGGCUCGGUGAGCAGCUGGCCAUGGGCAUUCCUGCGCACGUCUCAUUCGGCAAUGCGGCUAACGGUCGCGGCAAGAUAAAGUCGGAGUCGAUCCGCACGGCCUUCGUCUUCACCUACCGCGUAAUCUCCACGAGGCGGAGCUGCAGGUUCUCGGUGACCUACAUGAUCGCGUUCGUGGGAUACUUGAUCGUAGGAAUGGCCGUCCUCCUGGCGCUGGCCGUCCCCCUGCGGCUGAGGGCCGCCGCGGCGGCCCCGCGGUGCACCGGGCCGCCGAAGGAGCAGCCCGAGGCCGCAGGCGCUGUUGCGGCUGGGGUCGGCGGCCUCGGCGAGCUCUGGAUCAGCGGGGUCGCCUCCUCGAAGCGCUCGUUCGCCGCCCUGCUCGCCUACGACCGGCUCACCCGCAGCUGGUCAUACUUGCUCCUGAACAGCCUCAGCGUGCUCGUUUUCCUCUGGGGCGGAGCCGGGGUAGCCUUCGUGAUCCACGACGCCGUGCCGGACGAGGUGGAGUGCCCCGCGAAGUGGAUCAGGCGAGCGGCACACUCGUACGCCUUCAUUUACGUCGCCAUGUUGGUGUGGAGCCUGGCGUGCCUGGGACCUCAGCCGGUCUUGCACCACUCGGCGCAGAACCUGCACAGAAGAGCCCGAGGAAGAGGCCGGAGCGCUGCCGUGCUGGCCGCCACCGUGGGCAGCACGCUGCGCCGCUCCACCUGCGAGGCAGAGUCAGGGCCAGAGUCGGGUGAGAAGGAGAAGGAGGGCCACCCUUGUGGCAUGCGUGGGGCCAUCUUUGCGAUCCUCUUCGGGGCCUCCGCGGAGGGGCCCGCAGCGCCCCGGCCAGCGCGGCCGGGCAGCGCAGCGCUCGCGAGCACUGCCGCUCCACCCACGCUUCUCCUGCAGUCAGUGGAGUACUGCUGCAAGUGA